AUCUCAACCAUGGUCUCUCACUGCCAGUCAGACUUCUCCAAGAGUCUCCAGUUUCUGGAGUUAAACGAAGAGGAAACAGUGUUAGUACCGGCCGACGUGAGUGAUUCAAGUUCAUCUUCAGGAUCCUCAGAUGGAUCUUCAGAUGGAUCCUCAGAUGACGAGGUGGACAGGCGAAAGAUCGAAUUUAAAGGCCUCCUGCGUUCGCUAAACGAGCUUGACCGACUUGCAAUUCAUGUCCGACUAUCUUCUGUCUCCUCUCUUGAUGCCCGAGUCAUGGCAUUCCGAGCAAGGAAGCCUGCAGAGGUCUAUUCCUUCGAAGGAAAGGCGAUAUUCGCGGUCGAGAUGCUCUAUCCGGAAGCCUCUGAAACCCUCCGCCAACACUUGAGCAAGUCGAUGACGCAUAGAUAUGCAAAGUUGUUCUACUGGAAGUCUCACGACAAGAAAUUGCGCGCAGACCGGCGUCGCAACUACAAUACAAAACGGGGCGAUGACUCCUUGCAGGCGCAACGAGAACCGACACCUCCGCUUGCCAAAGAAUCAUCGCAUCAGCAAACAUUAAAGGAUGGAAAUCGGACUCCCCAAAAGCCUGAACCAAGUAGAAUCUCCGUUGGUACCUCGUUUCUAUCUGGGACCUUUGCAUCGGAUCCGGGAUCCCGACUCACCGCGCCGACUAUGGAGGCGAAGAUGCCGGUUCGAAGGCAAGUUGGCGCAUCAACCGUUCUUGUAAGCGGUGCAAAGUUUCCCAGUCCUCCCGAAUUCGAGGAUGGAGAGGAUCGAAAACCGUGUCCUUUCUGUCGAAAGGUCUUCCUGAAGGUUGACUUCACAGACACUGUGUGGUGGAGAUGCCAUGUCAACGAAGACUUGCUGCCUUUUGUGUGUGUUUCGAAUUCCUGUUCGGAGCGUCCAACCUUUGCCAGCCGAUCUGACUGGAGAGCUCACACUGAGGAGGAGCAUGGUGUCGUCUGGCGGCAAGGCCCAAGCAGCCCGAUUAGCAACGAAACAUUGACUCGAGACCCUCAAGAAGCAUCGGAUUUUCACACACCAACAGAUAUCUGCCCCCUCUGCUGCCUGCCCCUUGACAAACCUAAACACGCAAAGACUAGCAUGCCUCAACACUCGGCGUCGUCCGCGCCGCAGACCUCCAACGAACCACUGGAGACGUUGCCGCUGGAGCCAAUAACCGC